CUCUUGAAGUACACUAUGUAUAUAUUUAGUUUUUCCUUAGAGAUGUGAAGUUGUGAAGAUGUUUGAAAUGUGAUCAAUUUUUGGCAGUUUUGCCUCGUCCCUAAGGCCCUUAAUCUCUCGAUUUGAAAGGAACAUGGCUCUUUGUUUGCACUAUUACGCAAGGAUGAUUUGUGUCAAGUUUGAUGAAAAUUGACCCAGUAGUUCUAGAGAAGAAGAUAAAAAAGUGAAAAGUUAGUGACAAUGCCGCCGACGACGAGAACGCCGACAACAGACGCCGGACCUUUGAUCAGAAAAGCUCACCUGAGCCUCGGCUCAGGUGAGCUAAUAUCAAUCAAUUAAUCAAUGCUUUAUUCUCAUAAAUGUACACUCAUACAUUUCAGAGAGGAGGUUGGAAAAUACAGAAUACUGCGUAUACAACAUGUACAGUAAUAAUUAGUUUUAUAUUACUAUGUACAAAGUGGAGAAAGAUUCAUUCAACAAAUGAACAUUACCACGAGACCAAGUUUUAUCCCAAUGAAAUUAUUAAAGCUACAUAAAGUCCACAUUUUUCUUUACAACAAAUAGAAAUUUACAUAGAUUUAUAAACUACCAUGCUAACACACAACGCGCCGUUGCAGCGCUACGGCGUGUUCACGCUAUUAUGCUUUUGCACAUGGCCCUAUCCGGACACCAUAGUAAUAACAGAACACACAGUUUUACUCAGAUAAGACCACCGACUUAAAAAAAAUUUAAUGUUUCGGUUAUGCAAGAAAAUUCGUUUGGAGUGUUUCCGGUUAUGAGUUAAAAGAGAACAACAUGCCGCUUCGACAGUCAGAUUAUAUCCCGCCUAAGAACUGCUUCUUUUCCACCUCCAGCAACUCUCUUGUUCCGCAACUUGAAAUAGUCAAUAAGCAGGAAAGAUGUACGAUUAAAUGUCCAAGACGACGAAACGUGACCGUCCACUACAACAUAAAUCCCCGUCCUGGAGUUGGAGAUGUGAAAUAUAAUGUAAUCUGCCAGGGCUGCAGGCCAGGGACAACGGGACCGAUUACCCAGUUCAGUUACACAACCACCUACUGUAUAGGGGAUAUAUAUGGCAAUGGAAUCUACGAGAUGGAGAUCGCAACCGACUACGGGAAGGCAUAUUCCCCCGUCUACAUCGAGACAGAGAUGAUGUAUGCUUUCUAUGGAAGGCUUAAAGAUCCCGCAGGACCUGGGUUAAUCAAGUUUAACAUGGACAUAAAUGACGGAUACUCAUAUGAUAAUAAUACUGGCAUCUUCAAGGCGAACAGAACAGGAUUCUAUUCCUUUUACAUCACGGCAAGAACAAGAACCGAUCGUUACACCACAAUGGAGCUUCGCAGGAAUGGCGUUAGAGUAGGUUCUAUCACCAAUGAUCUUCUACCUGAAAACAGCUGGGAAGUGGAAGACGGAGCGAAUAACAUUGUGCUAAGUCUGAAUUAUGGGGAUGUCAUUACGGUCCAUGCGAACGGAACUCUACAAGCUGGUACCAUGAUGUCGGGCUUUUCACUGCGAACCUUACUAGAAACUCCACCAGUGGUCCUCUACGCCACGAUGACAGAGGGAAAGCUGGUAGAGGCAAAUUCAUUCCUACACAUAGAUUAUGACAACGUGCACAUCAAUACUGCCCAGACCUUCGAGGGGAACACGAAUUUCACCGUGCCAAGUGAUGGGUUUUACGUCGUGACCGUGACCAACAGCUUCCUAGACUCAGCUAUACACGCCUCUCUCAUUUCUUCCGUCAUCAAAAUGCUUCGAUACUCGCAGUUGACAGUUCCCUCCAGAACCUCAAGUUCCUUCACGUUCAUAGCUAGGUUUAAUGAAAGCGAUGUGAUCCAGAAUCAACUCUUUUCCUUGUACGAAGCUCACCUGUCUAAUGAAACUUCUAUUUCUAUUUUCAAAUAUUUUGAAAUCGAUGAGAUCAAUGUAUCUGCAGUCACCGUCCGACAAACUCCUUUACAUAAGUAUUGUGAGACAGAAUUCUGUAACCCGCUUGCCAACGGGUUAAAAAUAGAAGACAUGGGAUCAGAUUUUGACAUCAAAACCGGUGUCUUCACAGUGCCACGAUGGGAUGUCUACGUCAUUUCCGCUAAUUUCUUCGGAACCCAGGUCGAUACUGUAUUCGAGAUCGUAGUAAAUGGCAAAGUUUUGGAUUCGGUCCUCGUUGAUGGUCCUGCAAAUGACUAUUUCGUCAACGACAGUAAAAUGGUUGUCGUUAAACGUCUUCUCAGGGGCGACAAAGUGGAGCUAAGGAUGAAAGGAAGAUCCUUUUUCUACACGAUCAUGUCCAUCUGGACCCUGACAGCCUGAGCAUUGCGCCUAAGAGCUUGUAACAUUCAAAAAUGAAAUUGUUCAUUCUCAAAUUUAAUUCAUAAUGUAGCUUGAAUUCAAUUCUAUUCAAUUAGAAAAUAAAGCUUUAUCUUUGAAAAACCCUA